CGCUCGCGCGGUCUCUUCUCUCACUGCGGCUCCCCGGCUCGGUUCGCUUCCGCUCCGGGCCGCGCCGCGCCGAGCCUGCCCUGCGUCCGCACCGGAGCCGGUGUGUCGUCUCGUUGUUCUCCGUGCAUGUGGACCGGGCGCGCCGCGGUCUGCCCGACGCAACAUCGUCGUUCAUGAGCGGACUGGUGCUGUGCUGCGCGAUGUACAUGGACAGAAGCAGCCUGAGCACAGGUCCCUCCUCGAGCCCUAGCCUGCCGGCUAAGGGUCUCUCUCUGGAGCCUCCCUGUGGCCACCAGGGUGCGCUGGGCGCCGAUGCCCCCCAGCAGGCCACCUGCUCCUCAUCGGGCCCCGCCUCCCUGGAAGGCGGGGCUUCUUCGGGAGAGCUACAGGAGGUCAACGAGACGGGACCGCCGCAGCUGCCGACGUGCACCCUGACACCGGCGAGUAGGAGGCGGCCUAAUGCACUGGGACCAAAGCCUCAAGUCCCGCCCAAGCCCCCUCACCUCCAACAGCAGGCGGGGGCCUUGAGGUCGCGACCCCGUGCUCCGGACAAGCCCCUCCCGCCUCCCCCACCAUGUAGGCCUCUCCCGACGGACCCUCGAGGUUGCCGGACCCCGCCGCCCCGCCUCGAUGACCACGCAUCCCCCACCUGCGUGCUGUCGCUUAUCGAGAAGUUUGAGCGCGAGCAGAUCAUCAUGGUUCCUGACAUCACCGGGGGGGCUCUGUGUCCCCGCCCCCUCGACCCCGCCUCUUCCCGACCCUCGUCCCCACCGUCAUUCGCCCCUCCCCCAACCAAGGCGGAGGAGGAAGUCGUGCUGCAGGAAGGGGACGAUCCGGCCCAGGAGGCGAGGCCAGAGGUGCCCUCAGAGAAAGACCUGGAAGACGAGCUCAGCGAGCGUCCGCCUGUGGACCAAUCAGAAGCCCCGCCCGGGCGUCUGUCCCUCCCAUCCUCGCAGACGGACGGCAAGCUGGCCAACCGCGACAGCGGCAUUGACAGCAUCAGCUCGCCGUCGCACAGCGAGGAGCUCUGCUUUGUGGGUGUGGAUGAGGUGGGCGGGGCUUACCCCUGCGCCCUCCCCCGCCUCUCCAGCUCGUCCUCAUACGCUGGCGAGGAGGGCGGGGCCAGAAGGCGGGACUUCUCGGAGGACGCUGACAGCGACCUGGAGGAGGAAGAGGAGGCGGAGCUAACGCUGGUGCUCCCGCCUGCACGGCAAGACUUGGCGGAGCUGUCUGUCCAGCAGAGGGUGUUCCACAUCGCCAACGAGCUCCUUCACACCGAGAUCUCCUACGUGUCCAAGCUGCACCUCCUGGACCAGGUCUUCUGUGCCAGGCUCCUGGAGGAGGCGCGCUUGCGCUCGUCCUUCCCCUGCGACGUGGUCCAUGGGAUCUUCUCCAACAUCUGCUCCAUCCAUUGCUUCCACCAGCAGUUCCUCCUGCCUGCCCUGCAGAAGCGCAUGGAGGAGUGGGACUCGAACCCGCGCAUCGGGGACAUCCUGCAGAAGCUGGCGCCCUUCCUGAAGAUGUACGGCGAGUACGUGAAGAACUUUGACCAUGCCAUGGAGCUGCUCAACACCUGGAUGGAGAGGUCGGCUCAGUUCAAGAGCAUCAUCCACGGCAUCCAGAGGGACGAGCGCUGCGCCAACCUGACGCUGCAACAUCACAUGUUGGAGCCGGUCCAAAGAAUUCCUCGUUACGAACUCCUUCUCAAAGAUUACCUUCACCGCCUGCCUGACGACGCCCCCGACUACAAGGACGCUCAGAAGUCCCUGGAGCUGAUCGCCACGGCAGCAGAGCAUUCCAACGCCGCCAUCAGGAAGAUGGAGCGAAUGAGGAAGCUGCUGAAAGUCUACGAGCUGCUGGGCGGGGAGGAGGACAUCGUUAACCCCGCUAACGAGCUCAUCAAGGAGGGACACAUCCUCAAACUGUCCAAUAAGAACGGCACAUCGCAGGACCGCUACCUCAUCUUGUUCAACGACCGGCUGCUCUACUGCGUUCCCAAGCUGCGUCUGAUUGGCCAGAAGUACGGCGUCCGCGCUCGCAUCGACGUGGACGGCAUGGAGCUGAAGGAGAUGAGCAGCGCGGCGGCUCCUCUGACCUUCCUGGUGUUGGGCAAGCAGCGCUCGCUGGAGCUGCAGGCCAGGACAGAAGAGGACAAGAAGGACUGGAUCCACGCCAUCCAGGCCACCAUCCACAGACACGAGAACACCAUGGACACCUUCCGCCAGCUGACUUCUUCCCUGCGGGAUGAUGAGGCCACGCCCCCUCACUCCCCGAGCUGCGCUGAGCUAGGCAAGCGAGCGCCAACGCCGAUCCGCGAGAAGGAAGUGACGCUGUGCAUGAAGUGUCAGGAGGCCUUCAACGCCAUCACCAAGCGCCGCCAUCACUGCAAGGCCUGCGGUCACGUGGUUUGCGGCAAGUGCUCCGAGUUCCGCGCCCGCCUUUCGUACGACAACAACCGCACCAACCGCGUGUGCGUGGACUGCUACGCCAUGCUGGUGGGCGUGUCCCACACCCCCUCCGUCAUGGCCGGCCCCGGCCUGAGGAGGCGCUCCAUCCUGGAGAAACAAGCCUCGCUGGCGGCCGAGAACAGCGUCAUGUGCAGCUUCCUGCACCACAUGGAGAAAGGAGGGGGGCGGGGCUGGCAGAAGGCGUGGUUCGUCAUUCCUGAAAACGAGCCGCUGGUGCUCUACAUCUACGGCGCCCCUCAGGACGUGAAGGCGCAGCGCAGCGUUCCCCUCAUCGGCUUCGAAGUGUCGCUUCCGGAGUCAUGUGACCGCCUGGAGCGUCGGCACACCUUCAAGAUCUGCCAGAGUCACCUGACGCUCUACUUCAGCGCAGAGGGGGAGGAGCUUCAGCGCCGCUGGAUGGACGUGUUGUCGAGGGCCGGCAAGGGGGAGGAGCCUCUGGCCCACCGGCUAAUCGUGGAGGAGGAGGAGGGGGAAGGGGAGGGGGAAGAGCCGGCGGGGCAGGUGGAAGUUGACAACACGUGAUUUGAUUGGACAAGGAGUGGUGCUGGGGGCGGGGCCAUUUCAUGUGCAUGACUGCGGGGACAAAAUGGCCGCCACAUGACCCGACUGAAAGCACAAUCAUCGUCGUCGUCAUCCUGACGCCAUUUUUGUUCGGAUGACCCGAGCCGGAGGCUCCGCCCAUCUUCUAUCCUGCAAGACCGCCCUUUGGUGAAACUUUGGUGCGGGCGGCAAUGCAGGUCAAAGGUCAAACCUCCUUCAUAUACCCCUCAAAGUGUCGUCUCACAGCAGGCCUUGCUCAGAGGUCCUCUGCUGGCAGAGUGCGGUACUGCACACGUUAUUGCUGAGUCAGUAAAUUAUUUUUGAUAUAUUAGGACUCCCAGACUUGCCUCCUCAUCUUUUCUUCUCUAGAAGCAGAACUCAAGUUGAAGAAUGGAUGGGACAAAAAGUUCAAACGGCAACACCAGCGCCGGAGAGACAACCAUUCUCCAAAAUGGACGCCCUCCUUGGCUGCUUUGAACGAAACUGAAAGUUAACUCGGCAUUUUUCUCCACUCUGGCUCCCUAAAGGAGACACGAGGUGUGUGCGUGCAGAGAGGAACACACGCUGCAUGCCAGCAGGACCAAAGUCAGGGACUUCUCAAGCCUUCAAGUCUGCUCAUAAUAUUCCUCUAAGACACAUCUGUCAAACUCAAUAGCCCGGGGACCAAAUCUGGCCCGCCACCUCAUUUAAUUUGGGCCGCAACAUUAUUUAAAGUGGCCUGCCAUAUCAUUUAACGAGGUCAAUCACGUCAUUUAUCAUGGUCGAUCAUGUCAUUUAAAGUGGUCCGCCGUGUCAUUCAACGAGGUCUGCUACGUCAUUUAAUGUGGUCGAUCACGUCAUUUAAUGUGGUUCACCAUGUCAUUUAAUGUGGUCCAUCACAUCAUUUAAUGUGGUCCAUCAUGUCAUUUAAUGUGGUCCAUCACGUCAUUCAAAGGGGUCCACCAUGUAAUUUAACGUGGUCCAUCACAUUAUUUAGUGUGGUCGAUCACGUCAUUUAACGUGGUCCACCAUGUAAUUUGACAUGGUCCAUCACAUCAUUUAGUGUGGUUGAUCACGUCAUUUAACGUGGUCGAUCACGUCAUUUAACGUGGUCGAUCACGUCAUUUAAUAUGGUCCACCAUGUAAUUGAAUGUGGUCCAUCACGUCAUUUAUUGUGGUCAAUCACGUCAUUUAAUGUGGUCCACCAUGUAAUUUAAUGUGGUCGAUCACGUCAUUUAAUGUGGUCGAUCACGUCAUUUAACGUGGUCGAUCACGUCAUUUAAUAUGGUCCACCAUGUAAUUGAAUGUGGUCCAUCACGUCCUUUAAUGUGGUCCAUCAUGUCAUUCAAAGGGGUCCACCAUGUAAUUUAAUGUGGUCCAUCACAUCAUUUAGUGUGGUCGAUCACGUCAUUUAACGUGGUCCACCAUGUAAUUUGACGUGGUCCAUCACAUCAUUUAGUGUGGUCGAUCACGUCAUUUAACGUGGUCGAUCACGUCAUUUAACGUGGUCGAUCACGUCAUUUAGUGUGGUCGAUCACGUCAUUUAAUAUGGUCCACCAUGUAAUUGAAUGUGGUCCAUCACGUCAUUUAUUGUGGUCAAUCACAUCAUUUAAUGUGGUCCACCAUGUAAUUUAAUGUGGUCGAUCAUGUCAUUUAGUGUGGUCGAUCACGUCAUUCAAAGGGGUCCACCAUGUAAUUUAAUGUGGUCCAUCACAUUAUUUAGUGUGGUCGAUCACGUCAUUUAACGUGGUCCACCAUGUAAUUUGACAUGGUCCAUCACAUCAUUUAGUGUGGUUGAUCACGUCAUUUAACGUGGUCGAUCACGUCAUUUAACGUGGUCGAUCACGUCAUUUAAUAUGGUCCACCAUGUAAUUGAAUGUGGUCCAUCACGUCAUUUAUUGUGGUCAAUCACGUCAUUUAAUGUGGUCGAUCACGUCAUUUAAUGUGGUCGAUCACGUCAUUUAACGUGGUCGAUCACGUCAUUUAAUAUGGUCCACCAUGUAAUUGAAUGUGGUCCAUCACGUCAUUUAAUGUGGUCCAUCAUGUCAUUCAAAGGGGUCCACCAUGUAAUUUAAUGUGGUCCAUCACAUCAUUUAGUGUGGUCGAUCACGUCAUUUAACGUGGUCCACCAUGUAAUUUGACGUGGUCCAUCACAUCAUUUAGUGUGGUCGAUCACGUCAUUUAACGUGGUCGAUCACGUCAUUUAACGUGGUCGAUCACGUCAUUUAGUGUGGUCGAUCACGUCAUUUAAUAUGGUCCACCAUGUAAUUGAAUGUGGUCCAUCACGUCAUUUAUUGUGGUCAAUCACAUCAUUUAAUGUGGUCCACCAUGUAAUUUAAUGUGGUCGAUCAUGUCAUUUAGUGUGGUCGAUCACGUCAUUCAAAGGGGUCCACCAUGUAAUUUAAUGUGGUCCAUCACAUUAUUUAGUGUGGUCGAUCACGUCAUUUAACGUGGUCCACCAUGUAAUUUGACAUGGUCCAUCACAUCAUUUAGUGUGGUUGAUCACGUCAUUUAACGUGGUCGAUCACGUCAUUUAACGUGGUCGAUCACGUCAUUUAAUAUGGUCCACCAUGUAAUUGAAUGUGGUCCAUCACGUCAUUUAUUGUGGUCAAUCACGUCAUUUAAUGUGGUCGAUCACGUCAUUUAAUGUGGUCGAUCACGUCAUUUAACGUGGUCGAUCACGUCAUUUAAUAUGGUCCACCAUGUAAUUGAAUGUGGUCCAUCACGUCAUUUAAUGUGGUCCAUCAUGUCAUUCAAAGGGGUCCACCAUGUAAUUUAAUGUGGUCCAUCACAUCAUUUAGUGUGGUCGAUCACGUCAUUUAACGUGGUCCACCAUGUAAUUUGACGUGGUCCAUCACAUCAUUUAGUGUGGUCGAUCACGUCAUUUAACGUGGUCGAUCACGUCAUUUAACGUGGUCGAUCACGUCAUUUAGUGUGGUCGAUCACGUCAUUUAAUAUGGUCCACCAUGUAAUUGAAUGUGGUCCAUCACGUCAUUUAUUGUGGUCAAUCACGUCAUUUAAUGUGGUCCACCAUGUAAUUUAAUGUGGUCGAUCAUGUCAUUUAGUGUGGUCGAUCACGUCAUUUAAUAUGGUCCACCAUGUAAUUUAAUGUGGUCGAUCACGUCAUUUAAUGUGGUCGAUCACGUCAUUUGAUAAAGUUAAAGUACCAAUGAUUGUCACACACACACUAGGUGUGGCGAAAUUAUUCUCUGCAUUUGACCCAUCACCCUUGAUCACCCCCUGGGAGAUGAGGGGAGCAGUGAGCAGCAGCAGUGGCCGCACCCGGGAAUCAUUUUUGGUGAUUUAACCCCCAAUUCCAACCCUUGAUGCUGAGUGCCAAGCAGGGAGGUAAUGGGUCCCAUUUUUUUAAAGUCUUUGGUAUGACUCGGCUGGGGUUUAAACUCACAACCUACCGAUCUAGGCCACUGAGUAGUGUGUAGAUGUGUUCGAUCACGUCAUUCAGAGGGGUUUACCAUGUAAUUUAACAUGGUCGAUCACGUCAUUUAAUGUGGUUGAUCACGUCAUUUAGUGUGGUCGAUCACGUCAUUUAAUAUGGUCCACCAUGUAAUUGAAUGUGGUCCAUCACGUCAUUUAACGUAGUGGAUCUCGUCAUUUAAUGUGGUCGAUCACGUCAUUUAAUGUGGUCUACCAUGUAAUUUUAACGUGGUCCAUCACAUAAUUUAAUGUGGUCCGUCACAUCAUUUAAUGUGGUCGAUCACGUCAUUUAAUAUGGUCCACCAUGUAAUUUAAUGUGGUCGAUCACGUCAUUCAGUGGGAUUCAAUGUAAUUUAAUGUGGUCCAUCACAUCUUGUAGUGUGGUCGAUCACGUCAUUUAAUAUGGUCCACCAUGUAAUUUAACGUGGUCGAUCAUGUCAUUUAACAUGGUCGAUCACGUCAUUUGAUGUGGUCGAUCACGUCAUUUGAUGUGGUCGAUCACGUCAUUUAGUGUGGUCAAUCACGUCAUGUAAUAUGGUCCACCAUGUAAUUGAAUGUGGUCCAUCACGUCAUUUAACGUGAUGGAUCUCGUCAUUUGAUGUGGUCGAUCACAUCAUUUAGUGUGGUCGAUCACGUCAUGUAAUAUGGUCCACCAUGUAAUUGAAUGUGGUCCAUCACGUCAUUUAACGUGAUGGAUCACGUCAUUUAAUGUGGUCCAUCACAUAAUUUAACAUGGUCCGUCACGUCAUUUAAUGUGGCCUGCCAUGUCAUUCAAUGUGGUCUGUUACAUCAUUUUAUGUUGUCCGCCCCAUCAGUUAAAGGGGCCUUAUCAAUCAAUUAGGUCCGCCACAUCAUACAAUGUGGUUCGCUGCCACGUCAUUCAAAGUGUACCGCCAUGUAAUUAAAUGAUGUUCGUCACGUCAUUUAAAAUGUCCCACCCUGUCAUUCAAUUUGGUCGGCCACAUUAUGUAAGGUGGCCUGCCAUAUAAUUUAACACGUCAUUUAUCAUGGUCGAUCACAUCAUUUAAUGAGGCCUGCCAUGUCAAUCAAUUAGGUCCGCCACAUCAUUCAAUGUGGUUCGCCGACAUGUAAUUAAAUGAUGUCCGUUACGUCAUUUAAGUUGGCCUGCCAUGUCAUUUAAUAGGGUCCGCCACAUUUUUAAUCUGGUUGAUAACGUCAUUUGAUGUGGUUACAGUGGCCCACCAUGUAAUUUAAUGUGGCUCACCGUGUCAUUUAAUAGGGUCCACCACGUCAUUUAAAGUGGUCGAUCACGUCAUUUAAAAAUGGCCCACCAUGUAAUUUGAUUAUGUCCGUGACGCCAUUUAUAAUGGCCUGCUAUGUCAUUCAAUGAGGCCUGCUACAUAAUUAAAAGUGGUUUGCUACAUCAUUUAACAUGUUCCGCCACGUCAUUUAAAGUGGCCUGCCAUGUCAUUCACUGAGGUCCGCCACGUCAUUCAAUUUGCCCGCCAUGUCAUUCAAUAGGGUCCUCCACACCACUUAGUAUGGUCGAUCACUUCAUUUAAUGUGGUUUGUCACGUUAUUUAAAGUGGCCCAUCGUGUAAUUUAACGUGGUCCGUCAUGUCCUUCAAUGUGGUUUGCCACGUCAUUUAAGUUGGCCCGCCACGUAAUUGAAUGAUGUUCCUCACGUCAUUUAUUGUGGCCUGUUAUGUCAUUCACUGUGGUCCGCUACAUGAUUAAAUGUGGUUUACCACAUCAUUUAACGUGUUCCGCCACGUCAUUUAACAUGGUUCGCCACUUUAUUCACUGUGAUCCUUCACCUCAUUUAUUGUGGGCUGCCACAUCAUUAAUGUGGUCCCUCACAUCAUUUAAAUUGGCCUGCCAUGUCAUUCAACAUGGUCCACCACGUCAUUUACCGUGGUCCGUCACAUCAUUUAGUGUGGCCCGCCAUGUCAUUUAAUGAUGUCCGUCACGUCAUUUAUAAUAGCCUGCUAUGUCAUUCAAUGAGGUCCGCUACAUGAUUAAACGUGGUUUGCCACAUCAUUUAAUGGGCUCCGUCAAGUCAGUUAGCGUGGACUGCCAUAUAAUUCAAAGUGGCCUGUUAUCUCAUUUAAUGUGGUCCGUCACAUCAUUUAGUGUGGCCUGUAAUGUCAUUUAAUGUGGCCUGCCAUAUCAUUUAAUGUGGUAUGCCACAUCAUGUAAUGUGGUUCGUAACAUCAUUUAGUUUGGCCUGUCAUGUCAUUCAAUGUGGUCUGCCACAUAAUUUAAUGUGGUUCGCCACGUGAUUCACUGUGGUACGCCACAUAAUUUAAUGGGAUCCUUCGGGUCAUUUAAAGUGGCCCGCCAUGUCAUUUAAUUUGGCCUGCCACAUCAUUUAAUGUGGUCUGUCACAUCAUUUAGUUUGGCCUGCCAUAUCAUUCAAUGUGGUCUGCCACAUGAUUCACUGUAGUACGCCACAUCAUUGAAUGGGAUCCUUCACGUCAUUUAAAGUGGCCCGCCAUAUCAUUUAACGUGGUCCGUCACAUCAUUUAACAUGGUCCGUCACAUCAUUUAACGUGGUCCGUCACAUCAUUUAGGUUGGCCUGCCAUGUCAUUCAACGUGGUCUGCCACAUCAUUUAAUGUGGUCCGUCACAUCAUUUAAUGUGAUCUGUCACGUCAUUUUAUGUAGUCCGCCCCAUCAAUUUAAAGUGGCUCUAUUAGCGAUGUGGCCCUCAAUAAAAAUGAGUUUGACAGCCCUGAUCUAAGAAAUGCAUUCAAUAUCCAAUCAGAAUAAUUCUGAGGUCACCACGCUCAGACCACCUGAUGCGUGGUCUCCCAUGACCUCUGACCUUGGGACAGUGUUUGCUAGUAACUCUCUUCUCGGUGUUGUCAGAUGUUUGUGUCUUUGUUGUUGACCUGAUGCCAAAAGAAAAGUACACAUUCAACCACUUUUGUAAAUAUAAUUUAUUCACCCGCGGUCACGUGACCCGCAGCGGUGAGCGCUCAGCACUUCCUGGGGGUCAAGCGAAGCUAACGUCGUGGUGGACAAAGAACGCGUUUGUGCGAGAGCGUUUCCUGAUUCCUCCAACUUGAGCCUCAGCUGCCUCCCUGGCUUUUCACGGCGCGCUCUCGCUCGCCUCAGUGACCUUACGCCGGCGACAAGGGAACGCCGACAUGGUGCUGGUUUACGCGCCGGUCACCAGGUGGCGCUGCCUUACACCUCCCUGAGUCAACUUGUUGUGUCCACCGAGACAAGUGACAGUGUUAUUGUUAUUAUCGUCGUCGUUUCUAUUUUUUACACGUAUUGAUGGCCUGAAAAUGGCUGCUGUUGCCAUGGCGACCAACCAAUCGUAAGAUUACACUUCAACAUUUAAAGGACUUCCUGUCAGCAUCUGUUGGGGGGGGGG